UGCAGAACCAUCCCCUCUCUCUGAGUCAACAUCACCUAUCCUCUUAUGGAGGGAGAGAGGACAGAGAUGAGCCGGAGGUGGCAGCGCGCCGGUCCGUGGCGUGGUCCUGCAGGGGUGAGUGGGUGUGCUUCCUGUCAGCCGCGGCUUCUCUUCCCCGAGGCAAACGGCUCUGAAUUCCUAGCUGCCCAUACAGGUGCUGCUCGAGGGGCUUCUGCAACUCGCAGCGCCAGUCUCCAUGGGAACUCGUAUGCGGGGGAGGGGGCGCGUGCCUUCCCUCCUGCUGCUGCUGCUACCGGGUCUGCCCCAGCAUGGCGCGCUCCCCGCGAUACGCCGCUCCCUUCCCCUCGCCCCCCCCUCUACCAAUCCGGAGAGAAGCUUCGGAGCCCAGCCAUGGUUUCUUGGAGGUAUUUCAGGGUUUCUAUAGGAACAGAAAGCGGAAGGGAAGGGAAGGACGAAGGGAAAAGAGCUGGUCCCCCCUGCCUGGGCGGGGGGGGGGAGUUUCUCCACCGCGUCCUGAGUCGAAUGGUGGCCCGACACAAAUCAGUGCGCGCCGACGCUGCGCGAAAGGGAAGCAGCUCCCCAAGCAGCCGCAGCAUCUCCUUUCCCACAAACCCACCUCACCUCCAUCUUCAGUCUUCCUCGCCCCUCCCGGCUAUAGAAAGUACGCUCGCCUUAGAGGCGCUUUCCCUGGUGAGUGGCAGCUGGCUCCCCCAGUAUCGACUGAAGGCGGAGACCAUAUUGGUUGGAAUGGCUUCAGAAGAACAGCACACAGUGUGGUGGCAGCCACUUGAACAGCAUGUGCACAGAAAGCAAAGGGAAGACUACUACACUAUAUGUUUCCCAGGAAAAUCAUGUUAAUGGUGGCAAAACCCAACAAUGGCUCCGAAUACAGGCGCCCCUUAAAUGGGGCAGUGGUACUAAGAAUCUCCCGGUCCGCUAGAAGAUUCUUAAGACACAAAAUUCACAUUUACAAUGUAAACAAUUUACCUGCUUGUUCUGUAUGCUUGGAAUGCAAGAGAUUCAAAAGUCAAAAGAAAAAAGAAAAUGAUCUGACUCUGGAUAUGCCUUAAGGUUUUAUGAUCUUUUCUAAGGGUAGUGAGUUCAAUCCAGGCAUUGGAACUGGAGCAAAUUGUAAACCCACAGAACUCAAGGCAAAAUCAAGGCAUCAGUCUGUACAAUAAGUGGACAGGAUGUUGAUGGAAGAAGUGGAGCUGAAAAAUGACUUGCAGAGAAGCAUAUUGGGUGUUAGAAAGCCAGUUUAGAAACCUUUUACCUUCUUGUUAAGCUAAGGUAAUAGUGUGGCCAUUGUUGUAAAUUUAGAAAUAAAUUUAGGAUAAAAAUAGGCAAAGCCCAAGAAGUAUGGUACAGGGGUGGGUGGAAAUACCAAGAUAACAGAUUGUACUUUUGUUGAAUCCAUCUGCAGUUCUUCAGAAGAAAUAGAGUAUUUCAAAUAAACUAGUAUAGAUUGACAAAGGUGCAUUUCUCAAGUUUAAUGCAGAAGCUGUUGUCAUGAAGACACUGAAGAACUGUAUGCAUUUGGUUAUCAUGGAAUGCAUUGU